AUGGUGAUCCUGUUCUGUUCAGCCAUCACUUGCUAUAACUGCGUUCUUGUAGACAACCCUCUUCAGUGUAAUUUUACUACACAGUGUAUACUUAACGAGGUGUGUUCAGUUACGGAAACAAUUGAUGAUGGCUUUAACUUUAAGUACCGUUUAGGAUGUGUAAAUCCCAAUAAUUGUGGUGCGGUUGUCCAGAAAAGGGAAGGCAAAAGAAGUCUGUCUCUUCAAUGUUGUGCACGAGACAAUUGUAAUCGAGGCUACCCAGGUUUACUAACAAUCAACUUCCCAGCAACAAGCACGUCACCACCAAUAUCAACUACUCAACCAUCAACAACAAGAACACAAACAGUGACAACAGUUACAACUAGUUCAAGUACAACCACAGCAACACCCUCAAGUAAAUUGACAAUCGUAUCCACUCAUCACGAGGCACAGCACCCCACCCAUCACACAAGUCAUCAUCCUCACCAUCAAAAACAUUCGACAUCGACGAAAAUGACUGCAACAACAGUAACUAAAGUUCCCUCUUUGUCCACAACAAUCCAACCUACCAUUGUGUAUACUGACCACACAACACGCCAUCAUCAUCAUCAUCAUCACAAUCAAAACAACGAUGGAACCUGUAGUCGGGAAAAUAUGGUUAAACAUCACAAUCAUUUCUACUACUCCUCGGAGUUACAUGGGCGUCAAAGAUUAACCAAACAGGAAGCACGGGAGGCUUGCAAAAUGUGUCAUAUGGAACUUGUUAGUAUACACUCAGUGGAAGAACUGACCUUUGUCCACAACGUCCUAGCCAACAAAAACGAGAUAUGGUUGGGGAUGGAGCACAACACCUGGACGGACGGGAGUUCACGUAAUUUUAACAAUUGGCAGCAUCCCGAAGACGCCAACGAGUCGUGUAUUGUCAUGGAUACUAACAGUCGUUGGCAGGCUGAUAACUGCUAUAGGACACACUUGUAUGUCUGUAAAAGCUAA